UGUCACGGGGCAGGGCGAGCGCGGUGAGGCGCUCCUGGCCUGGCGUCCUGGUUCCGCAGACCCUGCCGUCUCUCCUGCCCCGGCCCGGCUCACCCUCAUGUACCGCGCGCUGUACGCGUUCCGCUCGGCGGAGCCCAACGCGCUGGCGUUCGCCGCGGGCGAGACCUUCCUGGUUCUGGAGCGCAGCAGCGCGCACUGGUGGCUGGCGGCGCGGGCGCGCAGUGGCGAGACGGGCUACGUGCCGCCCGCCUACCUGCGCCGCCUGCAGGGCCUGGAGCAGGAUGUCCUCCAAGCCAUUGACAGGGCCAUUGAGGCUGUGCACAAUGCAGCCAUGCGGGAUGGUGGCAAGUACAGCCUGGAGCAGCGCGGGAUCCUCCAGAAGCUGAUCCACCACCGGAAAGAGACCCUGUCCCGCAGAGGCCCCUCAGCCCCCAACCCUGCAGCUAUGACCCCAUCCACCAGUGACCACCACCUGGAUGCUGCUGCUGCCAGGCAGCCCAAUGGGGUGUGUAGAGCUGGGUUCGAGCGGCAGCACAGCCUGCCCAGUUCUGAGUAUCUUGGGGCAGAUGGAGGCCUCUACCAGAUCCCACCACAGCCUCGCCGAGCAGCACCCACCACGCCACCCCCACCCGUGAAGCGCCGAGACCGCGAGGCCCUAGUGGCCUUGGGGAGUGGCGGCCGCAACGCCACGCCCUCUGGGGGCAGUUCUGUGUCCAGCGGCUCCUCUGUCGGCAGCACCUCCCUUGACACACUAUAUACCGGCUCCAGCUCAUCGGAGCCAGGCCCCAGCUGCUCACCCACGCCCCCACCUGUGCCCCGCCGAGGCACGCAUACCCCUGUGUCCCAAGCUCAGCCCCCUCCCUCCAAGGUGCCAAACUCGGAGCCCCCUACAGAGGAGGUAGCAGUUGAUACAGCCCCAGCCCCUGAUGAGCUGGAAGCCCUGGGUGCGCUGAACCUGGGGACCACAGAAGAGAAGACGCUGGCUGAGACUGCUGUGCCCAGGACCAUCGGGGCAGAGCUGAUGGAGCUCGUGCGGAGGAACACCGGCCUGAGCCACGAGCUGUGCCGAGUGGCCAUUGGCGUCGUGGUGGGUCACAUCCAGGCCUCCGUGCCGGCCAGCUCACCUAUCAUGGAGCAGGUCCUCCUCUCACUGGUAGAGGGCAAGGACCUGAGCACUGCCCUGCCCUCAGGGCAGGUCUGCCACGACCAGCAGAGGCUGGAAGUGAUCUUUGCAGACCUGGCCCGGCGGAAGGAUGACGCCCAGCAGCGCAGCUGGGCCCUGUAUGAGGACGAGGGUGUCAUCCGCUGCUACCUGGAGGAGCUGCUGCACAUUCUGACGGAUGCAGACCCUGAAGUUUGCAAGAAAAUGUGCAAGAGGAAUGAGUUCGAGUCUGUCCUGGCCUUGGUGGCCUAUUACCAAAUGGAGCACCGGGUGUCACUGCGGCUGCUGCUCCUCAAGUGCUUCGGCGCCACGUGCAGCCUGGACGCAGCCAUCAUCUCCACACUAGUGUCAUCUGUGCUGCCUGUGGAGCUGGCGCGGGACAUGCAGACAGACACGCAGGACCAUCAGAAACUCUGUUACUCCGCCCUCAUUCUGGCCAUGGUCUUCUCCAUGGGGGAGGCAGUGCCCUAUGCACACUAUGAGCACCUGGGCACACCCUUCGCCCAGUUCCUGCUGAGCAUCGUUGAGGACGGGCUGCCCUUGGACACCACCGAGCAACUGCCGGAUCUCUGCAUGAAUCUACUUCUGGCUCUCAAUUUGCACCUGCCAGCCCCUGACCAGAACUUCAUCAUGGCCGCCCUGAGCAAACACGCCAAUGUCAAGAUCUUCUCCGAGAAGCUACUGUUGCUCCUGAACAGAGGGGAUGACCCCGUGCGCAUCUUUAAGCAUGAGCCUCAGCCGCCACACUCCGUCCUCAAGUUCCUGCAGGACGUGUUCGCCAGCCCCGCCACAGCUGCCAUCUUCUACCACACGGAUAUGAUGGCGCUCAUCGACAUCACCGUGCGGCACAUCGCGGACCUGUCGCCUGGAGAUAAGCUUCGCAUGGAGUACCUCUCCCUGAUGCACGCUGUGGUCCGCUCCACACCCUACCUACAGCACCGCCACCGGCUCCCCGACCUGCAGGCCACGCUGCGACGCAUCCUAACCGAGGAGGAAGCCUCGCCCCAGUGCCAGAUGGACCGCAUGAUUGUCCAAGAGAUGUGCAAGGAAUUCCCGGUGCUGGGCGAGGCCCCCAGCUAGCACCUUCUUUUCCUCCCUUCCCUGCAGCCCUGGGUAGGGUGCAGGGGACUCGGAGGCUUGGCCCUAAGAAUGUUUUGCACUGACAGUUUGAGGGGAGGUGAUGGUGGAAGGGACCUAAGCAGGGACCCCCACCUGAAAUAGAGCUAAUGAGAGGGGCCAAGCGCAGGAUUAGGGACCACGCGCUGGGAGCUAUGCUGGGGCAGGGGGAGUGUGAACUGAAGCCCCUCCAUCUCCUGCUGGGCUGCCUCUUCAGCAUGCCUCCCCACCCCACACACAUGCACACUCAGAGUCCUGCUGCUGCUCCAGGCUGGGCCAGAGCCCUCAUCCCCCGCGCCCACCUGGUCUGUGUCCUGGGCUUCAGCAAGCCGUGUCCCUGGGGUGAGAGGAGGCACCUUCCGCCAGCUCCGUUCUUUGCCUUAGCUUCGCAGUGAGUGCUGCUCAUGUGCUCUGUCCCCCCAGCCGCCGCCCCGUGGGGGGUCUCUGCCCCUCACUCCAGCCCCCAGAGGUCUUGGCCAAGCUGCUGCUUUGAAAGCAGAGUCUUAGAGACAGGCCAUCCACCCUGGAGCCUCACAGAAUGAGGUGAUGGCACUGAUAAAGCCAAUGACAGAAUCUAUUUUCUCUGUAAAAACGUAGACCGAAAAGCCAUGUGUAUUUUCCUAUGUGCUGCAGCUCAGCUUGGAAAUAAAUCACAGGCAU